AGGUGAUAAAACAAUUCGAUUAACAUGGUGUUGUCUAGAAUCAAUAUAGUCUUGUUCAAUAUUCUGUAAAGGUAUAUAACAAAGGUAUAUAACAUAUCAAAUAUAACAAACGAUUGUAUUAGUUACACGGUUGGAAUAUAUUUUUUUUUGAAAUGUCUACUACAAAUUCAAAAACGGUCAAAAUUUAUGACCGCAUGGAUUUAUGACGCGUGACUAAUCCAUUCAAUCUUUUUUUCUUUUGUCAGAAGUUUCCUGGCGUCUAAAGAUUUUUGAAUGCACAACUUUCUCUUCAGAAACACAGUAAAGUUUAAGAAAAUUAAGGGUACUAACUCAGGUAAAGAGACCUUCAAAAACAUACAUCUAGACUUUUUUAGACUAAAGAUAUUCCUAAAGAAGGGAUUUGAAAACUCUUCAUACAGAUUCCCUCCUUCUCCUUGUUUUUUCCAACUCCACCUUUCUUACGAACCAAUUCGCCUCUAGAAUAGCGUUGUGAACACGUGUAGGAAGGGAGGUGCCACUUUCUGGGACGUCGAGGGCGCGUAGUGCUCCUUGUGUAGGCAUAUCUAUAUAAGACAAACUCUAUACACACACGUACAAACGGGUCUAUCGUCGCCAGCUGUUGGUGUGUAGUGGGCUGUUGGGAGUAUGGUGGGAGGGAGGGGAGUGAAAACAGGCUCGACUGCUCCCCCUAAUACUGGAGGAUUGAAUGGGCGAGGAGGGUGGUAUUGGGUUCCCUCACGCUACCACCCACACACCACUGCUCCCAACCCGCCUGAGCCACCCACUUCUACCCGCCACCCCGCCUGCCACCCACUCGCCACCCGACAGCCGUCGAGGAAACAACCUGCAACCGACCAGCAUAACGUUUCCUCGAACAACGAUUUUCGUUAGUGUCUUGCACUUAGUCUGGAUCAACGACACAAAAAGGUGAGUUAUUUAACGUAGUAUUUCCAAACGUCUUUCUUCAUCCGAGAUCCGAUGUUUAUCCGUGUAUCUUGACGCGUCGUGUCCUGUGAGCUGUCCAUCGUGUUCGCGUCAUCAUCGUCCAUCCAGCGUCAAUACGACAACAGAUCUCCAUCAGUGUCUUUCCCGAGGAUGUUCCUCUUGAGGCCAUACGUUGCUUCACUUCUUCUAUCGGAAAUAUCGAGUUGCGCGCCGAAAACGAACGAUCGAGUGGAAGUACAAAGUGAGAUGAUGAGAAAGAAGAUGUGAAAUGUAACAGCGAGUGAAGAACUGAAUGUGAGUUACGACCACGAGUGUUAACGAGUUGUGGCGCGAACGAGAGCAAGAGGAUCGAGACCGCCGCCGUGGCCGACGUAUUGUGUAUCGCGAAUAGGCCGCACGCGAAUACCCAUCGAGACGCGCGGAGCGCGCGGCUAUAUGUGCGACGUCUCGACGUCCGUGUGUUCGUCGGUGUUUCGACGGGUAGCGCGCAGUGAGGCAGACGGAGAGAGGUGCCGGGUGUCCAUGUGUGUUCUGGAGGCGCGCGUGUGCGCGCGGGGGCGGCCAUUCGCGCGGGUGCUCCGCGAUAUCGUACGCGAUGUUGAGGGCGGCCAACAGGCCGGUGGCGGCGUUCGCCGCGACAUUUUUCGCGACGUGUACUAAUAGCAACGGCGAUUUUGCGCGUACCGCCGCGUGUAGGAAAACGUGCAGAGAGCGGAGACGAAAGAGCGAAGAGAAAAGAAGGGAUCUUUCAACUCCACACUAACGAUCGUGCAUGCAUGUGUGCAAUGGCAUUACGUACGUGUGCACGAUUGUACAUGUGCACACGAGGACGCGGAGACCUGCCUGACGUCCUUGGUUAGCCGGCAAUAAUUUCCGGAUGGAUUUGAAUGGAGCACUGCGCGUGCCUUCUCUCUCUCUCUCUCUUUCUCUCUCUCUCUCUCUCCUACUUUAUUUUCUUGAUUUUUUUUUGUUUUCUCGUCCUCUCUUUCUUCGUCUAUCUACCUGAUUCUCUCUCUCUCUCUCUCUCUCUCUCUCUCUCUCUCGGAUUGUGUGUCUUUGCCUUUAUUCCAACCGACCAUGUUCCCGCCGUUGUCAUCUCUCUUUCUUUUCCCUUCGGGUUUCUUUAUUCCUUCUCUCUGCGCCAUAAAGUAGAGGUUCUCAAUCAGCGCAGAAAUGUUCAGUUUCAAUAGUACGUUCUAGAACACCCUCUACGUUCCACCAUCUGUCGUUUCUAGAGGAUGUGGCCCCGAUCAGUAGAGGGGCAUAUUGAUUUAUUCUUCACAGUAAUCCCUUCCAACGUUCUUGCUUCCCCUUCUGUAUACAUGUACGCGACUGAUCUUGGUAUAUGCGCAUGCACACAUAGUACAGGGUUACUAGCAGGGUUGCUAGUCAUCCCCUCUCAGUUCUGUGAACAGCAAUCGUGACGAUCAAUACAAGUCUAUGGUGCCUCAACACGAAGGUCUGCUUUGAGGAACAAAGAAAAAGGUUCUUAUUCUACGAACAGCGAGUGACCAGAUUUUGAAAAUGGAAGGAAACGGCACCAGAAUAGACUAUGAGGACAUGUUCAGAGAAAUUACAAAGAAACUGUAUGGCGAUGAUCCUGAUCAUAGAACAUCGAACGUGCAAAAUGAGUUCGAAGCCUCAGUUUCUUACAAGACUGAAGAAGAUACGGGAAACGGUACCGACGGUAGUGAUGAUGGAAAUUGGACGUACGAGGACGAACCACUGAAAGGAACCGACGGAAGUCGAAUUGCAGCUUACCACGCCGGAAAAGCCAUAUGGCGAUGUGACGAAUGUGGAGACAUCAUAACGACUGGUCCACGAGAAGUUGCCGAACACUUCAUGGACCAUCAUGCGUCGAGAAUCCUAACUGAUAGUAGAAAUAGGCAUCACUCACCACGCAAAGAUUAUUUACAAACUGAUUUUAAAAUCGAAGAUGUAGUCAUGUAUUUAGAAAGACUUCGUGAACGUGCUGAACGAGCGGCUCCUCCUACCCGAAGAACCCAAGAAACGCAAACUGUACCUGCGACUUUAUUGACAACUACAUCGAGCUUUCAUUUGCAAGAACUGCCAUCUGCCCCUGCGCUACAGCAUUUGCAACAGCCUAAUUUAAAAAGGCGUAAACUUUCACAGAAUACGACCACGAUGUCUACUACUGUUGCGGCCUCCACGAGUAAUAAACGUUAUAACUGUCCAUGCUGUCCUUAUGGCACGGACAGACGAGAUCUUUACACACGACAUGAGAAUAUCCAUCGCGAACAAAAACCAUUUCAUUGCUACAUGUGCUACAAACCAUUUAAUCGUGCGGAUCACGUAAAGAAGCAUUUCAUGAGAAUGCAUCGCGAUCACGUAUACGAUGUAUCGAAGAUACGGAAACCAGUGGAUACAAACGCUCCCAAGUCGUUACAACAGGAUACGACAGCAACCGUCAACGUGAGCAGCCAGCAACAACCACAACAACAACAACAUAUGAACAAUCAGUUCGGUUUCGCUAGUAAUAAGGGCUAUCAACUACAGCCGAACGCUGUCGCAUCGAACGCCAAUGUAGGCACUACUGGUAUCCAUCAAGCGAUAAUCAUGCCUUCUCCGUCGGGUAUUGUGCAAUCCGAUAAUAAUUGCAAUACAGGAAGGCGAGUGCAAAAUGGUGGGUGCAAUAGUAAGAGUCAUCUUAAGGGUGGUUCCAAAAAUGCACAGGAAAAAAGAUACAGCUGCAUGUACUGUUCAUGGACUGGCGUUGAUAACUGGUGUUUAAAACGACAUAUGAAUACCCAUACGAAACCCUUUGCUUGUACCCUGUGCGAGUACAAAGCGGCGCGCGCCGAGCGACUUGCAACACACGUUCUAAAGGUCCACAAUAGGAGACAAUGUUCGAGGUGCCCGUUUCUUGCCGAAGAUGCCAAUCAAUUGCAAAUGCAUCAGGUUCAUAUUCAUCGUGCGAGUGUGCCGUCGACAUCGACUACUCAGAACGCAGCACCGCCAAAUAAUCGACAUCAGCAACCUUUACAGAUUUACAGUCCCGUGGGAGGAGGACGACCGCCACCUGGGCCACCAGUUUUUCCAGCACCGGCUCCAACGAUUGCACCUGCUACCACUGUGAUACCACCAAGCACUAUACUCGGUUGGCAGCUACCAUCGACGUCAAAAGCCGCUGAUGAACUUUUGGAAUCAUCAUCUUCGCAGGAAUAUGUAAGUAUCCUAAAUGAAAAGGAAAAUCUAGGAAUUGAAAAUGGGAGCUCGCGAUGUACAACAUCGAGGCGGAAACAAAGUCGGCCUCGACAAGUUAUACGGCAACCUGAUUAUCAAAUGAGAUAUUUGAUACCCGCUUUAGGUUUGCAAAAUAUAAGACAAAAGUUAAAAAUUACUAAAACUACUAAAAGUGUUCAAUCUCAAAAGAGAUCGACAGCACAGAGAAUGUUUAAGUGUCAUUUGUGCCCGAAAUAUGCACCCGCAAGAGGGAAGAUUCAUCGGCCAUACCACACCAAAGCGUCAUUAACAUUACAUAUGUUGUGGCGACACAAACGAAAAUUCUGGCCAGUCAAGAACCUUGUAACAAGACCUUGUAAAGAAGAGUCGUCACCGACUGCCUCUUCAGUUACGGUUACGGUUUUUACUAACAAAAAUUAUAGAUAUAACAGAUAACAGCAAAUCAGGCUGUUAUCUACCAUCACAAAAACUAUAGUAAGUUAUAAUUUUUAACUAAUUGUAAGUCUUCGAGUAAAAUUCAGACAAAUAAUUUUUCAUUA